GGAGCUGAAAUGUCAACGAAAUCGCCACAUUUAAAGGAUGAAAUUUAUGAGAAUGUAACAGAACCCAUUGAAAGGUCAGCGGUGAACAACAACAACCAAAAUGAUGAAUUUGCAUCGUCAGAGUCGUCGAAUUAUCGUUUAGGAAAAGCGUCGAAUAGCAUCAACAACAACGACACUCGAAAGUUACCCUUGACAAUGAACAACUUAAUGAACCAUAAAGACGCUUUAUAUGCGACGCCACUGCGUAAAUCCGACCGCCAUAAAUCACGCAAAUCGCCAGGCCCUGAUGGAGAGAAAAUCAGUAAUUUGAACCAUCACAGCAAUAACAAUGGCGGUUGUGACGACACCGAACUAAGAAAUCUAAUGGAUCGAACACAUUUGAACAAUGAACUCGGCGAGAAUCGCAUCAAAGACUUUCUCAAAGACACUGCACACAUGCACAGAAAGGUCGAACCACCGGGUAAAGAACACAUCGGUUCGAGUUUCUCUCAUCUUGCUCGCAAAGAACAUUUCGUAAAUUUAGUGCAUCAGAAUGUUUUGAAGGAUCAACAUGGUGAAAGUUACGAUGAAGAUGCUGCUUUGAACAUGUCUCGAGAUGAUAAUGAAGUUGAUAAAGAUCUCAUAAAUUUAGAUGACUCAAUUGAAGCUUGCGCUGAUUUGGAUGAGACUGAGAAACUCAUAAAUAAGUUGGUUGAUUUUCAAGCGAAAAUUUCAUUGCAAGCGAAGGAAGAUGUCGUUAACAACACAUCAACGCCAGGCGUUUCAAUGAGAUUGGCGCCAUCAACAGCCAACAUUAAUUUAAAUCGAGAAUGGGUUCUUAAGAAAAUUGCCAUGUCAUUGGAACAGAAAACUUUCAAGAAACUUCCACCUACACUGCCUGAAACAAUUGCGGGUGUCACUCAACAACAGCUGAUGCAAAACUCAAAUCUUCCCGUUGUUGGUUAUCUUGUGUUGGGCUCAAAUGGAAGUGGAAAGACGACAAUUUGCAAUGACAUCAUUCAUGGAACAAAUGGAACCAAAGGCAUUUUAAAUCGACGACUUCUCUCGUUUUACUUCGUCAACAGUCAGAAUCCAAAUUGUCAUAGUCUCAGCAUUUUCAUACGAAACAUGGUUCUUCAGAUUCUCAGCUUCUCAAGUUUAUGGAACAAAAGCGAUGUCGCUGAGACAACAACUGAGAAUGAGAAGAAAGACGAGACGAAGAAGGAAGAAGAAGCAAAUAACAGUUCAAGUCAUGUCGUCGAUCAUGAAUUGGAAGAAAUGAUUUUAAUCAAGAUUGGACAUAAAAUAACGAAGAACUCGCCGUCACCUGCUGAGCCAUCGAACAGUUCCGAUGAAUUGAUUCAAACUGGUGGAGGUGAAGGCAUAGCCGACAUAAAUGACCGAAAACUCGAAGAAGACAUCGCUAAUGAGCUUCGUGAUGCCAUUGAAGAAGACAAAUCAAACAUUCUAGUCGAUAAGGAACAAGAAGUCAAUUCAUCAUUAACGAAAGAAAGUCUUUUGAAUGAAGAUGAUGAACCGAAGUCAGAACGCCCACCGCCAUUACCAAAAGUAAAAGAUUGUCGAACAAUUCUUGCUGAUGCUUAUUAUCAAAUGUUACAACAAAACCCAGAAAUAUUUGAGUCAUUAAUUGUCGACAAUAUUGAGAAGAACCCCGACGAUUGUUUCAAGAAAGCGAUUCUCUUCCCACUACUUGAACUUGUGCCACCAAAAAGUGCGCUUUUAAUGCUCAUUGACUCAAUCGACGAGAAUUAUCUCAACGAUGGCACUCUCAUCACAACACUAAAAGGUAAAAACAACACAAAGAGUCGAAACAUCGCAGAAUUGCUUUCAAAUCAUAUUCACUUGCUUCCCAAGUGGCUGUUUCUUGUGUGCACAGCAAAAAAACAAAAUAAACACAUCACGAAAUUAUUUUCCGGGUUCAAGAAACUAACAUUGGAUGAUCUGAGAAAGAGUCAUGUCGUGAAAGAUGUUCAGCAAUAUAUCAUUAAUCGAUUGAAUGUUGAUUUUCGUGGCAUAAACUUGAACAAAGAGAUCAUUGACAGUUUGAAUCAACUUUACAUUAAGUCCAAUGGAUGUCUACUGUACUUGAAGAAAGUUUUGAGUGGAAUCAAAGAAAACUUUUUCACGUUUCGUGAGAUUAAGUUAAUUCCAUGUACACUUUAUGGUCUCUUUCUUUACAUUUGUCAAAAGUCUUUUAACAAAAAGCAAUACAUGAAAAUUCGUCCAAUUCUCAACAUUUUGCUAGCGUGCAACGAUCAUGUCGAUAAGAAUUUUGUAUUCAAUUGUUUGAGAACUUACAACUUUACAAUCGACUAUGAAGAGUUUCAAAAGCGUUUGGAAUUGAUGAAGAAUAUUUUGGAAGUGGACGAAGAGAGAGAAACGAUAAAAAUCUUUCACAAUUCAUUCUGCGAGUGGCUCAUCGAUGUGAAGUUCAGUACGAAGAAGUUUUUAUGUGACUUGAAUGAAGGUCACUUGAUGAUUGCCAUGUUUUAUACUUUGAUCAGUGAUCAACUUUGUCCUAAUAAAGUUCGGGAUUAUGUUUAUCAUCUCAUAAAGUCAGCUGAAUAUUUAUCAACCAAAAACUCUCAACUUGAUGUUCUUUUAAUACUCCUCGAAUCGAAAGCUAAUCUCAGUGAUUGCUUCUACUCAAACUCAUUAAACUGUUGUAAAAACUGUGAAAUUGAAUUCCAACAAGACCAAAAUCAAGCACAGAAAAGUAGAAAAAUGAUUCAAUAUUUUCUAAAUGGACAACUUGCUGGUGACUUUUCAAGUUUUCUUGGUGACUUCUUCAAGCCGAGUCUUCCCACAGACGCGAAAGUAUUGAAACUGUUAAUGGAAACUGGAAUCAACAAUCUCGAUUCUCAACUUUCAUGCGACUCUUCAAUGAUGAAUUCGCCGCUUCCUUCCGAUAAAUCGCAAACAAUUGACUCAGAACUCGCUGAAUUGAUGCUGUCAAGUGAAAAGAGUUGCAUGGUCGAACAAAAAGUGAAUAACAUUAACAACAAUAACAACAACUUGGAUUUAGCAUCAUCGAUCGACGAUCCAUCAACCGCCAAAGACAACUCAACAAAAUUCGAACGAAUCGAUGUUGAGAUGCAUAAAGGAAAAGCUUUCAUUCAUAUCUUGGCGAACGAUGGCAAUCAUUUACUCAUGGAACGAGCAUUGCGAGCUUGUAAAGGUCCAAUCGACUUGGAAAUUGAAGAUCACAAUGGACAAACUGCUUUGAAUAUCGCAGCACGAAAUGGUCAUUUGGAGAUUGUGAAACUUCUUUUGGAAUACAAUUGGAUCGAUCCAAACACAAAUCGUAAGAAAGUUGGAGUUGAUGUCAAUCAUGCUGAUGCUGAUGGUUGGAGUCCAUUGAGAUCAGCUGCAUGGGGAGGUCAUACAGAAGUUGUCAAAGCUUUGAUAUCGAAUGAGAAAUGUGACAUUGAUCGUGCUGAUAAAGAAGGAAGAACAGCUUUGAGAGCUGCAUCGUGGAGUGGCAAUGAAGACAUUGUAAGAAUUCUGAUUGCUGCUAAAGCAAACGUAAAUUCAAUUGACAGACAAGGAAGAACAAGUUUGAUUGCUGCGUCUUACAUGGGACAUUACGACAUUGUGGAAAUUCUUCUUCAGAAAAAUGCUGAAGUUAAUCACACAGAUUUAGAUGGUAGAAAUGCGUUAUGUGUGGCAGCACUUUGUGGUUCAACUGGUUACAGCAAAGUCAUUAGCACGCUUCUUGAGCACGGAGCGAACACAGAUCAAACUGACAACGAAGGAAUGUCGCCAUUGUUGGUGAGUUCGUUUGAAGGAAAUGCAGAAAUUUGUGAACUUUUGCUUGAGAAUGGAGCCGAUCCGGAUCUUGCUGAUCAAAUGGGACGAACGCCAUUGUGGGCUGCUUGCACAAGUGGACAUGCUCAAGUUGUCAAACUUUUGUUGUUCUGGGGCUGUGGCAUUGAUUGCAUGGACUCUGAAGGACGGACUUGUCUUAGCGUGUCAGCUGCACAGGGAAAUCUUGAAACUGUUCGACAACUUCUCGAUCGAGGAUUGGACGAAACUCACAGAGACAACGCUGGAUGGACGCCACUUCAUUACGCUGCUUUCGAAGGCUAUGCUGACAUUUGCAUUCAACUUCUCGAAUCAGGCGCUAAAAUUGACGAAUGUGACAAUGAAGGAAAAUCAGCUUUACAUCUUGCGGCACAAGAAGGACACAACACAGUCAUUCAAGCUCUCAUGGAUGUUCAUUCCGCUUGCAUUGAUCAACGUGCUCACGAUGGGAAAACCGCAUUCCGUUUGGCAUGUCUUGAAAGUCAUUUUGAGUGCAUGCAAACGUUAUUAAAAUUCGGAUGUGAUGUAAAUCUUAAAGACGCAGAUUCGAGGACAACUUUAUACAUUUUAGCACUUGAGAAUAAGCUGAAAGUUGUGAAAUUUCUUCUUGAUUUCUCAAAUGUUAAUGUGAAUAUUCCUGACAGUGAAGGUCGAACAGCACUUCAUGUUGCAUCGUGGCAGGGACACGUUGAAAUGGUAAAAAUGCUAAUAACAAUUGGAAAUGCUGACGUAAAUGCUUUGGAUCUUGAGAGUCGUUCGCCAUUGCAUUCAUGUGCUGAACAUCAAUCCAACUUACAAUUAAAAUCACCUGAUAAACCUCAUGAGAAAUCAAUUCUUCAACCAUCACCAAAUACUCCUCAUAAUCCCAACUUCUUAACUGCUAACAAUAACAUCGGUCACAGUCACGGCCAUCAACAUCACGCAACGACAUCAACUCAAAGUAGCAAUUUCUACGAGAACACGAUGCAUUCAGAUACGAGUAGUGCAAAGAAAAGGAAAAGCGUCAUUUCUAGUCAAUCAACAGGGAGCAGUAACGAAGCUCCAAUUUCCUUCACCCAACAACUACAAAAACAUUCUCGUCAUCAUAAUUCGAAAAGUUCACACAUCAUUCAACCGUCUGUUGGUGUUGCUGUUGGAAACGGUAAAAAGCACGCUCAAGUACUUCCGAAUGUUGAUGAAUAUCGUACAAGUCAACAAGCACGAAAUGUCAAUGAAGCAGAUCUUUUUGAUUGUAUGUCACCGUUAUACGCAACGCCCCCGCAUUCUCCAAGUAGCGAUUUGAGUUCACCACAUGAAGAUCCAACAAUGAGUAAUAACUUAACGUCGGUGAAUUCUGAUCAUUUUGCGCGUGACACGCACAUGAGAAUCAUUUUGGGUAACAACAUCAAAGAGCAAAAAGAGAAAGAAGCGAAAUCAAAUAAACGUACUGGAAUAGCCACAAACCCAGCAAUGCGCCUUAUCCGUAAUCGUAUUGAUUCAGCAGCGAAUUUAAUACGACGUACUAAUAAUUACAUCACCUCAGGCAGUCAGGGAUCAUCAAGCAUUGGUGUUAAAUCGAGCACAUUUCAAUGGCGCAAAGAAAGUCAAAUCCUUGCCUGCAUUUUAUCAGCACUACUUUUGAAGAGCCCUCCAGACUUUAGUGAUCCAACAUUGGGUUUCGAGGCCCGUGGAACUGACAUUUCAAAGAAAUUAACCACUUGGCGUAAUCUUCUCGAAGAGACAAGACCUUCUGGAACCUUAAUUGUUAAUCCCAAAGAGAUCCAGCAACAUGAGUUUGAUAAGAAGCAUCGAAAGAACAAAAGCCGUCACCAGAAGAAGAGACUCAAGUUUGAUACAAAAAUGAAGAUAUUGAAAGAAUUCGCAACAAAUAAUAAAAGUUUUAAUGUUGACAUCGCUUACAAUUCGGAUGAUACAGGAAAUGACACAAGUCUUGAUGUGCACAACCAUUGGGAUUAUGGCACGAACAAAUCUUACGAUGAAGAGACUGACAAAAGAAACAAAGAAUUAAAGAAAAAGAAAUGGAAAGAAUUUAAACAACUUGAACCUCCGCAAAUAACUACAGAUUUUCACAGCACUGACGGAUAUUUUUGUGAAUCUCCAAAUAAAGAAUAUAUUCAUUUUGUUAUCAAAAGAAUUCGUUGGAAUGUAAAUGAAUCGAUGUUUGACGCAAAUGCUUUGCUCUCAAUGUGCGAACUUGAACAAAAGUUAAUUAACACAAAUGGAUACAACGAUUUGUGUCAGAAAGAAAUUUCAUCUGAUAAUUGUUGUCGUCCUUGGACAUUGCCUAAUUACGUCACUCUUUUAUCUAACAAAACUUCAUGUUUUGAUAUAAAUGACGACGAUGUCGCUAUGGUAAAGUCGCUUCUUCUCGAAUGUUUCCAGUAUUUCCAUGGUUUAAAAUUGAACAACGAUUGCACCCAAUCAAAAUGUCGUGUUCCCGACGAAUGUGCACAAUUCAAUGCCGUUUACAACAUUCUUCACUUCCUAACUGAUCGGAAUUUUAUUAAAUUAAAUGAAACAAGUGAAAGUCUCAGUGCUGUGAUGCUUUUCUUGCCAAUAGCUAAAGGAAAAGAUGCAUUGCCAUUCUAUCAUAAAUUGGUGAAGAAGAAUUUGCAAACAGAUCUUGUGGGUGUUGUUGCGAUGGAUUUAGGCAUCAAAAAUGCUUUAUUUGAUGAAUCUUUGUUGUCGGAUGCAUGGCUUGUUGGACUUGGAGGAAUUUUUGUCCUAAUCUCAAUGUGGCUUUACACUUCGUCGUUCUUCGUCACUAUCAACACAGUCAUCGCUGUAACGUUAUCAUUAGGAAUCUCUUACUUCACUUACAUCAUCGUUUUCAAAAUGAAAUUCUUUCCAUUCAUGAACAUGUUGGUUCUCAUCGUGAUUGUUGGAAUUGGAUCGGACGAUGCUUUCAUCUUCAUGAAAAUCUGGCAAUGUGUACAUAAUGAAAGAAAGAAGAAAGUCAUAAGCAGCCCAACAUCGUCAUUUGCGUCUGAUCCUUACUCGCCUGAUUCGAGAGACUCGCUCGUCGGUGUCAUGGCAAAGACUUUGGAACACGCAGCUUUGUCAAUGUUAGUUACAUCACUCACAACUGCAGCUGCUUUCUAUGCUUCUUAUGCAAGCUCAAUCACUGCCGUGAGAUGUUUUGGAAUCUUCGCAGGCACAGCCGUCUUGGCCAAUUACCUUUUUAUGAUUUCUUGGCUGCCUGCGUCAGUGUCAAUUUCUGAGAGAAUUUACUGCUUUAGUCGAAGUUGGUUCAUCAACUUUAAACUUCUCACAAAGCCGAUUGACUCAUUUGUGAGAUUUUACAGUCAAUUAAGUGACAAAAUUGAAGACUUUAUCAUCGCUUUAGUGAUUAAUUACUCAGCAUUUUGGAUAGUGUCGUUGGGAUUGUUCGGUGUGACAAGUGCAGUGUUUGUGUUGUACUGGCCAAAGUUGGAACUUCCCGACACACCAACAUUCCGAUUGUUCACAAGUGAUCAUCCUUUUGAGAUCUAUGAAGCAUCUUACAAAGAAUUAUUUUGGUUUGAAAAGAUGUACACGUCGUCGGACAGUUUCAAAAUGCCGAUAAGAUUUGUGUGGGGAGUGAAGCCAGUUGACAAUGGAAAUUUUUUGGAUCCAACAUCGCGUGGAAAACUCGAAUUAGAUUCUUCGUUUAAUGUGUCAGCAGUCGAGUCUCAAGUGUGGUUGUUGGAACUUUGUCGACGAAUGAAGCAUCAGCCAUUUUAUCAAAUAUCGUUUGGACUUUUAGUGCCAAAUUGCUUCAUUGAAAAUUUAAUUUCGUGGAUGGCAAGAAAGUGUAAAGACAGUAUGAGUGACAUUGAUCGAUUUCCAUGUUGUGAAGCAUCAACAUUUCCUUUCUCACCAGAAAUUUUCGAUUAUUGCUUACCGGAAUCAAUUUCAGCACUUUACGAAACGCCGCGAGAAUAUUUCAUUCCUGGAGUUGCUGGUCCAAAGUUUCAAAUUGUCAAUCGAACAACAACAAGCAUCGUGACACAAGUCAAGGCACUUGUUGUCGAAUGUGAUAGUAAUCAAUCAUUCAGUCAUUCCUUUAAUGAAAUUGAAAACUUUGUAUCAACUGUUCAGACGUGGUUCACAAAGGAAUUGGAAACGGCACCGGCAGGUAUGAAAAAUGCUUUCUUCAUUAGUGAACUCGACUUUUUCGAUCUUCAAGACACACUUUCGAAAGGAACUGUAAGUGCUGUAUCGAUGGCAAUGUGUGUUGCACUUUUAGUUCUUUUACUUGUGACACUAAAUGUUUUGGUUUCUAUUUACGCGAUCAUAACUGUCACACUUACGAUAUUUUCUAUCGUUGGGACGCUUGUGUUGUUGGGAUGGAAAUUAAAUAUUCUUGAAAGUGUCGCUGUGUCAACGGCAAUUGGCUUAGCUGUUGACUUUAGUUUGCAUUAUGGUGUUCAAUACCGUUAUUCGAAAGAGAGUGAUCGUCAAUCGUCAACUCGAUUUGCGUUGAGAAUGAUUGGACCGACGGUUAUGGCUGCGAUUACGACAGGAGUCUCCGGCAUUCUAAUGUUGCCGUCAAAUGUUCUCGCUUACAUUCAAAUUGGAGUGUUUUUGAUUGUUUCCAUGUCAAUUAGCUGGAUAUUCUCAACAUUUUUCUUGAUGAGUCUUUUGUCGCUUUGGGGACCUCAAUAUGGGUUUGGGCAGUUUUCAUUUGGUUAUCCGCGGUUUAGAAAUGGACGAAGUGAAGGCAAGAAAAAUAUAAAGAAUCAAAUUGAUAUAAUCAACAACGUCAUGCAACAACAAAGCAGUGAACAAUUGUUGUCUCCUACAAGUUCAGCUGCAUGUGAAUUUUUGGAGUCGGAAACUCAUUUGGAAAUGGAUUCAUUAUCGAAUUCUGUUGUAAAAACAAUCAGUUUGGAUAGUUCAUCAACAUUACCAUCGUUAUCAUCAAUCAGAAGAUCAUCGAUUAAGAGAAAGAAAAGUCUUGGCAAUAGAGACACAAGUCCGUCAACAAACUCAACUGUAACUGUUUGUCACGAUGAUUCUUUGGAUUUCUAUAAAAUUUAA